CAUUUCUCAUUUCCCCGUUGCUGCAAAAGCGCCGGCGCUGCCUUCGCAAAGCUGCCGGGCGCGUCGAGGCUGCCCCGUGCCAUCAAUGCGCCGCCCGAUGCAGCCAGAGAACAAUGGCGGCGCGCAGAAGAAGUCAUCGAUGCUGCGCAAGCUAAAGAAGGCCAGCUCGAAGCUCUGGAAGAGCGCCACCGGCCAGACGGACGACAGGGGCCGCUUCGUGGCCGAGCCGCCCCCGCCUCCGCUGCCCCCGCGGGCACCGCCUCCUGCGGCCGCGCCGCCACCGCCGCCACCAGUCGCAACUGCAGCCGCACCGACUGCCGACGAGAAAGCACGACGGACUGCUGCGCGCCUCGAGAAGAAACGGCGUCGCAACGCAGCGCGCCAACGGCAAAAAGCGAAAGAAGCAGCCGUUCCGGGCGCGCCCCCCGCGCCGACGCGGCAGGCCCCUCGACCGCCACCAACGCGGGAUGUGCCGUCGCGGCCGCCGCCACCGCCGCGAGCUGCGCCAACAGCGCCCAACCCGUGCGACCUGGGCAUUCCAGGCGCGGCGGCGAAGGCCAAGGCCGACGGUGAUAGCCAAUUCCGAGCGAAUAAUGUCGUGGCGGCGCGUGAGUCGUAUACGCGUGCGCUCGACCGCCUCGGGGCUACGGACGAUGCCGCCGACGCGACGCGGCGGUCGUUUCGCGCUGCCCUGUUGUCGAAUCGAGCUGCAUGCGACAUGGCGAUGGCGCGGCAGCACGGGGCCUCGAAGGCACGGGUAUGCUACCACAGGGCGAUACGCGACUGCACACUCGCAUUUGAGGCCGCGCCCGUACGAAUGCGGCGUCUGCGCGACAGAAUAUUUGAUCCGAUCGUGAUUCAUACCGGUUUGUUUCAUGCAGGCGCCCUACGCGCGCGCCAUGCUGCGCCGCGGCCAAGCGAAAUUGGCCGUCGGAAAUUCAGCGGGAGCGAUCGAGGACGCGUUUUCUGUACGCCUUGUGUGGAAAUCAAACGUCAACGCCCCACGCCAUCGACGCGAUGUUGAUUUCUACACAGGUCGAGGCGGCCGUCGUGGAGAUGAGCGCGGCCGACGGCGAGGUCGGCCAACGCGGCCAGGCCGAGAUUAAGGAAGCGCGCGAGCUGGUCGCGAAAGCGAGGCAUUUCGAGACACAACGGCGUAGGCUCGCUGGAGCCGCACGACCGCGCGGCGGGGCUGGACGCGUUGUUAUUGACGUGGCCGCCGUCAGCGGUGCUCGAAAAGCAUUCGUCGACGCGGUGCCGUCGGCUCCAGCGGGACCACUCGCGGACGCGUGCGCGGCGCUGGCUGCUGGCGACGGCGCCGCGGCCGGGCCGCGUCUCGAUGAGUGCCUCGGCAGCGCCAAUGCUCGCGGCGCGCCGCCGGGCGGGGGGCCACCGCCGCGGGCAGCCCUCCUCGUGCUGAAAGCUCGCGCCUCGCUACUCCAGGCGGGCGACGCGAAACAAACCAAACGGGUCCGCAACCGCAUGCUCAUGGCCGCCGCCACGCACCUCGGCCUCGCAAAGACCGCGGCUCCAGGUCAGGCCGACGCGGCCGUCUUCGAACGCCUCACCCGGCGCCACGCCCUCCUCGAGAUUAUUCUCACGGACGGCGUGACGCACGCGAGGCUGCGGGCAAUCGAGGACGCGCUCGCGGGGCUCCGAAGCGCGCCAAAGCCGUGCACGUUGGACGAGGACUUGAGGCAUUGCUCCGAAGAGGCGGCUGAUAGAGCCGCCGGCAUGGCGGCGCGGGAUGAUGUUGCCAUGCGGCUGGCGCGGGGCGAGAGGGACGCACCACCUCCGCCGCCGCCUUCCGGACGACGGCCGCCGCCGCCGCGGUCGGCCUCGGCGAAUCAGCCGCCGCCGCCGCCGAUGGGGGGAGGCCGGCCGCCGCCACCACCUCAGAUGGGACGGCGAUCGACGCCACCGCGACAAUCCCAAAGCGCCGCCGCGCACGAGCGAGCCUUCAAGCUGUUCGAGCGUCGGCUCGCCGCGGCGCAAGAGGGGUCGCUCCGCCUCGCGGACGUGCCUUUGCCGCCGCCCGGCGCCGUGUGCUCCGCGAGGACGGCGUCAGCGCGAAAAAAAGCCGUCCGCGCGGCCCUCCUGCGUUGGCAUCCCGACAAGUUCGACCUCUCGAAGUUUACCACAGAGGAUCGGGACGCCGUCGCCGACGCUGUUGCUGAUGUCACGCGGCGCGUCGUGAAGGAGAAGAAGAGGCUCGCCCGGUGAGGCGACUCAUAUUAUUAUACAGCGCCGCGUUGGGUAAACUAUGUGAAUUCGCGA